AUGCUCGGAGCGUCAGAAUCGAGUGUCGUGCCAGCGAUAGAGGCGGCUCUCACUCGUGUCAACGAAGCUCUUGCGAAUACACCAUGGGCUUCUGAGCUCGCGGGAGUCCUCCCACUUACCGGGUUCAUAGAUUUUAUCGAUACCCCCACAAAACUACACAUUUUCGAGCUCUUCGGCGCGGUCCCACUGUGGAGUUGGCCCAUAACACCCGGUGAUAUUCGACUCCUCCUUUCCGAUGCAUAUCUCCACAGUAUCUGCUGUCUGGAUCGAUUUGGAUCUAGUCUCGCGUGGCAUGCUCUCGACGGUCGCUGGGGUGAUGCUUACCCCAUCAUUAACCCAGAAACAACCCGGUUAUGUCUUGCGUCGCAGCCGAUAACGCAGAUUCCCAACGAACAUGCGAAUAUGUUUGAGAAGAAUUUGAGGAUACAAAAGCUUAGUAUUGUUCAUGUUACGCGGUCUCCGGGUGCGGAUCGGAUUCCUUCUGAUAACUGGCUUCGGUUUUUGUUCGUUGAUCCGUUUUGGAUGUAUUCGGCGCGGUAUUUUGCAACUUCGAUAAUGGGAUGGUUCUUAUUGGUCGGCCUUGUGGUUUUUUGUGCUAUGUUUCGAUAUUAUAUCGCUCUCACUUUUCUUUUAAUUAUGCCGGUGACGGGACUUGUUGUUUCGUUGAUAUAUGGUAGUAGACCGAAGGCGCUUUUGGUCGAUAGACCGAGUCCGUUUAAUAGAGCGGUUGUAGUCGCAGAGCACAUGAAUGCGACGGAGUGGACGGUUUUCUAUGGAGAAAGCAGCAUCAUCAACUCUUUGCUUAACAAGCAACUAGAGUCUCGACGACGACCGCUACCGAAAAAGGGAUACGUUCUCCUUCGAUUUCUCCUAAGACUAUUCACCCUGGGACAGUGGGCCAUGGUCCUUGCGUCUUUGACAUUAAAGGAUAUGAACGCCUUUGUUGUCGCCACAUGGAUCAUUAUCUGUGUGCUUUCGCAGACAUACCUUUAUCCUCCUGAAUGUGCGGCGAAAACAUGGAUGAAGAAGAUUGGAAGGAUAGAGAUGAAACGGUACGAAACGGAAACGAGUUCACGGAGAGCCCUGCUGAAUACGAUUAUGGCGCUUAAUCCGGAUACAUUCGCUGAAGGAACCUGGGAACAACUUUACAGCGGCGCUUUAAAAUGGAUCAAUCCUAUUCUCGAGGCCGGCCAGAGUCGGUCCGAUUGGGAAGAAGCGACAAGAGCGGCUAUGGAAGAAGCUUCAGAAAUUCCAGUGGAAGAAUUGGCGGCCGCUAAGUCGCUGGAAGUCGAGAGUGGCUUCUUAAGUGAAACUUGGAAUGAAGCGAAUGAACGUUUCUAUUGGAAGAAGUUUAUCCAUGAGGGUAUUUAUCUUGCCAGUAAGGUUAUGAAAGAGGGGGGUCUACCGGGGAGGAGGGUCACUCCAAGGUCAGAACAAACUGCUCCAAUUGUCACGCAGAAAACCGCAGCCGCGAAGUAA